AUAUGACGAAUGAGUCAGGGUAGAGAAGUAACUCUUUUAAAUAUAAAGUGGAAGUAAACUUUUAUUGGAAAAUGCCCAUUUUCCCAUUUUGGGAUUGUAAGUCUCCUGCAUCAGUCCAGCCUGACCUCCAUUCCAUUUUGAUUUAAUCCAGGUAUCACAGCUACCAAAAUUUCUCAAGUCCCUCAUGUCCAUCAAGUUGGAGACCUGUUAGGCCUUUAACUGGCUACCACGUCUACUAGCUCCAGGCUCUAAGAUGGCUACCAGAACAUGGGCCAGUUCCAUGAAUAGCACCCAGAUGGUGUUCAUGACUACGCUGGGAAUGCAACGUGAAGCCGCAGUUCUGCCAUCAUUCAAGAUGGCUGCCCCCAUCAAGAUGACCGGGGUGUGCCUGGGGGAAAGGGGCAGCAUGAUGGAAUGAGACGGUCUAGCGUCGGACCAUGUGGAAGUUUCUGGGACUGGGGAGCCGGAUAAUGGGGGGUGGGGCCCGUGCGGGGUAGAGGGAGCAAUAGCGUCCUUUCCCAGGCGAACCCCGGCCCCUCCCCUGACCUCUGGAUUGAAAUGGGGAACACAUUGGGCCUGGCACCGAUGGGGGCUUUGCCCCGCCGGAGCCCCCGUCGAGAGGAACCUCUCCCCAACCCUGGGAGCUUCGAUGAGCUGCACCGGCUAUGCAAAGAUGUAUUCCCAGCACAGAUGGAGGGAGUGAAGCUCGUUGUCAACAAGGUUCUGAGCAGCCAUUUCCAGGUGGCUCACACUGUGCACAUGAGUGCUCUGGGCUUGCCGGGCUAUCACCUCCAUGCGGCCUAUGCAGGGGACUGGCAACUUAGCCCAACUGAGAUGUUCCCCACUGUGGUCGGGGACAUGGACAGCAGUGGCAGCCUCAACGCCCAGGUCCUGCUCCUCUUGGCAGAGCGGCUCCGAGCCAAGGCUGUCUUCCAGACGCAGCAGGCCAAGUUCCUGACGUGGCAGUUUGAUGGCGAGUAUCGGGGAGAUGACUACACAGCCACUCUGACCCUAGGAAAUCCUGACCUGAUUGGGGAAUCGGUGAUCAUGGUUGCUCACUUCCUGCAGAGCCUCACUCAUCGGCUGGUGUUGGGAGGAGAGCUAGUUUAUCACCGGCGGCCAGGCGAAGAGGGGGCCAUUUUGACACUGGCUGGGAAGUACUCGGCUGUACACUGGGUAGCUACCUUGAAUGUGGGAUCAGGUGGGGCCCAUGCAAGUUAUUACCACAAGGCAAAUGAACAGGUUCAGGUUGGAGUGGAGUUUGAGGCAAAUACGAGGCUACAAGACACAACUUUCUCUUUUGGUUACCACCUGACUCUGCCCCAGGCCAACAUGGUAUUUAGAGGCUUGGUGGAUAGUAACUGGUGUGUGGGUGCUGUGCUGGAGAAGAAGAUGCCCCCCCUGCCCGUCACCCUCGCCCUUGGAGCCUUCCUUAAUCACUGGCGCAACAGAUUCCACUGUGGCUUCAGCAUCACUGUGGGCUGAGGUUGUCCCAGAGCCAGCCCCCAUAACAGCUGGAACCUCUGAGUCAGGUGCCCUGGGGCCAGGAACUAGGCCCCUCUCAAGAGCCCACCUUGCUGGGUGACCUCUAGGUCCCAGGAGCAGAGUGGGCACAGUACAUGCCCUCCUCAGAACUGGGGCUGCCGCAGAGGCAGCAGCUGAGGCAGUGGUUUGAGGCUCCCACCUCUGCCAUCAGCCCCAGUUUCAUCUUCCCAUACUCUUAUGGCUCUGGACUAAGGGAGAAGAAUUAAGGGGUCUGUCUGGCUGCAUUUUCUCCCCUCACUCCCACCUCCUUCAUUUCCUUAUGGAUUAAAGCUCCUAGCCUCUUCCUCUUCAGAGCAGAAAAAUCUGCAUGGCAUUAGCUCCCAUCCUGUUUUCCAUCCCAGAGUUUCCCAAGGCUGGGAAAGAAGGGCUGAAGGGCUAAAUCUUUGACCCCAGAAAGUGGGGCCCACCUAUUCCCAGACGGAGCUUCUUUACCUCUUAGCCCUGAGGCUUCCUCCUUCCCCAUCAUCUGUGCUUCCAGAGAACAACUUUGUCCCCAUGGCCACCCCUCAUUCUCCCCAUUACCGCAUGAAGAGGCAGACAUUGCUUUGAUCAUUCACUGCAACCAGUGGGCUCCCUGUUUACUGGCUCCAGCCUCUGGUCCGAGCAUUUUCCCCUUUCCAGUCCAGCAUGUCCAGGUGGUCUGGGGAAGGAGGCGAACUGGGCCUCAGCUGCAGGUCUCCUGGAGCAGUGGCACCAUGGUGGACAGUCCCCUGGAUGUUCUCGAUUUGGUACCAACAUGCAUUGUUAAUGCUUCGGAGAUCAGCCAACCGGCCCAGCAGCUUCGCAUAUAGAAACCUUUGGGGUCACCAGGGAAGGAGAAGAGAGAUAGGCAGCUGAGAGUCUUGUCCUGAGGCCCUGACCCCCUAAACUGCCUCUCUGUGAAGCUAGGUCUGAACAUUAGGGAAAAUAUGCUCUGAUGUGACAAAUGUGUCAAAAACUCCAAAGGUCCCCAGUGGGGCCUCUAUCUGACACUGACUUCUCUCACCAUGACGUUUUCCUUGAACCCAGAGCUCAGAGGGCCAAGUGUGAAGAAAGCCCCAGACUUUGCCAGAUAUUCAGCUGUGUGGAAUCCGAGGAUCUGGCCUUCUAGAGCAGGUUCUAGAAGGUGGGUGUGUUCUAUGGUAUAAAGCAACCCUCUUCUGGCCAAACUGGCACAUUGAGGAAUAAGCAAAACAGAAGUGGAGUGUACUUCAGAGCCUGGUUAGAUCAUGGACUGUUGAACCAGGGGCUGGCGUUGGCCAUGAAACUGAAUGACCAUAACUUCAAGGGGAAUGAAAAAUUAAAGGAAUUGGACCAAUGGAGAAGGAGGGGAAGGGCCAAGGAAAGAGAGUGAACAAGAUUCUUGAAAGUCUGUUUUAGUCUGGAGGAGUUGGAUUGGUGAGGUGAUGGAUGUCAUCAAUCUCAGGAAUGCUAUUAUACCGAGCCUGUGAGCUACUACUUUGCAUCUCUCCUGAAUAAAAAAAAUCUGGGAAAAGUGAGAUGAAACAGCAGUAGGAGCAAUUUGAAUGCCGGAACUCUAUGAGGUGGGAGGGAAGGACUAGACCCCCAGGGGCCCUGGUUUCCCAAAGGAAAGGACAGUAAAAGCACUCAUCCUGAGUUCAGUGUCUCCCUAACUCCUUUCCACCCUGGCGCAGCCUCCACGUGUCCAGUCCCACUGUACCGGUCCCGGGGAUUUUGCUGCUGGCCUUUGAUAUAGCUCUGCAGAGUCAGCGCUAUCUCCUCUUGCAACUGAUCAGUCCCCUCUCUCUGGGUUAUCCCAGGCCGGUCUGUAAGAUAGGGAGUGGGGAAGGACAAGGUGGGAGGUUGCGGGUGGCCUGCAUGGUGCCCUGGGGAGCCAAGACUGGGAUAGACCCAUUCCACAGGUUUGAAGACUAAAAGGCCUGGAUGGAUGGAUUCAGGGAGCUGGGAGUUUGGGCAGAGGUGGUGGAACAAAAGCUUCUGGGCUUUGAGGGAUGCUUCCCAGGAGAGAAGAGGGCCAUGGCAGCCAUGAACACACACUCCAGGCUCCUGGAGCUGCAGUUGGCGCAGUGUCCUAUGGAAGCCGAAGAGAACUCCAAAAACUCUUCCUGGAGCCCCACUGUGGGUUCCAGGCACACGGGCUUCAGUAGUUGUGUCACACGGACUUCGUAGUUGUGGCUCUCGGGCUCU